CUGUUGCAAGUUCAGAAAGGAGGGAGCAGGAGGGAGAGGGAGGUACUCUCGGUCUUGCUUUUCUACAGAAAAAUAGUUAACUCGGCUGAAACUGAAACAGGACAAGACUUGUUAAAGAAAAGCACCACCAUCUCCUUCAUUCUCUCAGUUUCCUGCUCAAGGAAGCCAUUUUGUACAGGCUGGAAUCUAAGGACAACAAACUUUUCCCCCCCUUCUUUCUCCUUCCUCAAGUGUUUCCUGUGAAAAUUGAGACUUUCUCAUCAGCAGAACAACUUCUUCACCCGAGAAGGAGGAGCGGUGGGUAGGAGGGGAGAAGUUUUUCUCAGUCUGUCUCUCACGCUUGCCUCGCCGGGAUAAUGAAAGAAGACGUGUGAGUGCAGAUGACAAAAGAUCAAGAGGGAGAGAUAGAAAGAAAGAAAAGAAGAAGCAGGUCUUCCUGGAUAGGAUCUCCUCCUGACUCCUCUGGGAGAAGGGGUGGUCACAGGGUAGAGACUCCCAGUAGCGGUGUGUAUUUGUCUGUGGAUCACCGUGUCGACACCCUCGCCCUCCUGCUCUUUUGAGGGAGGUAGAGCGUGCGCGUGUGUAGCGAGGGAUGGCCAACGCCAGCCCCUGUAUGUCGUCGGGACCCCUAUCCCAGGUCUUCUUCCACACGGGGGGCCCCUCUCCCCCAGGAUCUGUGGUGAUGCAGCAGGGGACCCCCAUGGCCGUGCCUCUCUCCCCUGCUCACGGUGGUCUCCCCCCUGUGGAACUGGGGGCUGGGCUGGGCCCUGGGGGGGUUGCCAAUUCCUACGUGCCCCCCACCCCAGCUGGGGUCUCCUUCAUCAUCCAGAUUGGGCUGACCAGAGAGUCAGUGCUGCUGCCCCAGACCGCUGACCUUGCCUACGUCAAACAGAUUGCCUGCUCCAUUGUCGACAUCAAGUUCCCAGAGUGUGGCUUCUAUGGCAUCUAUGACAAGAUCCUGCUAUUUAAACAUGACACAGGCACCAACAACAUCCUGCAGCUGGUCAAGGCUCCCCAGGACAUCCAGGAGGGAGACCUGGUGGAGGUGGUGCUCUCCGCUGCGGCCACCUUCGAGGAUUUCCAGAUCCGGCCUCAUGCCCUGAACGUCCACUCGUACCGUGCCCCGGCCUUCUGCGACCACUGUGGAGAGAUGCUGUUUGGACUGGUCAGACAGGGCCUCAAAUGUGACGGCUGUGGACUGAACUACCACAAGCGCUGUGCCUUCAGCAUCCCCAACAACUGCAGCGGCGCUCGCAAGCGGCGCCUGUCCACCACAUCUCUGACCAGUAGCCCGUCGCUGCGUCUGUCCACCAGCGAGUCCCUGAGCAGCGUGGGGACCAGCUCAGUCAGCACCUGCAUGGAGGAUGCCAGCCUGAUCCGCUCUCACACCACCCAGACGCUCCCGAACUCCACCUGUACCGCGUCAGCGUCCCUGGGCCUGUCCACCAGCGCCUCCAUCACCAGACCCAUGGCCCGCGCCAACACUCACAUGCCGCGGACCCCCAGCGAGGCGCGGCGGUUCUACACGGGCCGGCCGGUGCACCUGGACAAGAUCCUGAUGAGCAAAGUGAAGGUGCCGCACACGUUCGCCGUGCACUCCUACACGCGCCCCACCGUGUGCCAGUACUGCAAGAGGCUGCUCCGGGGCCUCUUCCGACAAGGGCUGCAAUGCAAAGACUGCAAGUUCAACUGCCACAAGCGCUGUGCGUACAAGGUUCCCAACGACUGCCUGGGGGAGACCAUAGGAGACAUGUUGAGUCCCAGUGUGGACCACGAGGUGCCUAUGGACUACAGCAGUGAGUAUGUCGACUCAGACAAGUCUUCCACGGACGAUUCAGACGAGGCCUGCAGCAUCCCUGGCUCUUUCUCCCCCGAGAGCAGCCAGGAUGGGGUCGGCGGGGACCAGAGCGCUAACAUCCCAUUGAUGAGGGUGGUUCAGUCCAUGAGGCAGACCACCCGUCGCUCCAGCACAUCCAUCAAAGAGGGCUGGGUGGUGCACUACAGCAACAAGGACACACUGAGAAAGCGGCACUACUGGCGUCUGGACUGCAAGUGCAUCAUCUUGUUCCAGAACAACACCACCAACAAGUACUAUAAGGAGAUCCCUCUGUCUGAGAUUCUGGAGGUGCGCCCCGCAGGUGACUUCACCCUGGUCCCGCCGGGCACCAGCCCCCACUGCUUCGAGCUUGUCAUGGGCACCAUGCGCUAUUUUGUAGGGGAGGACCCCAACGUCCACGUCCCCGCCCUGCCCCCCACCACCCACCAGGCCUUCCCCCCCACACCCCCUUCCCCCAGCAACGUGGUGCCCAAUAGCGGCGUGGGGCGGGAGGUGGCCAAGGCGUGGGAGGGCGCCAUUCGCCAGGCCCUCAUGCCAGUCAUCUUCCAGGAUGCACCACCGGUAGAGGGACACACUCCUCACAGACAGGCUUCAGUCAGCAUCUCAGUGUCCAACAGUGUGAUCCAGGAGAACGUGGACAUUGGUAUGGUGUACCAGAUAUUUGCAGAUGAAAUCCUCGGCUCUGGCCAGUUUGGAGUUGUGUAUGGGGGGAAGCACAGGAAGACAGGGCGCGAUGUGGCGGUGAAGGUGAUUGACAAGCUGCGCUUCCCCACCAAGCAGGAGAGCCAGCUGAGGAACGAGGUGGCCAUACUGCAGAGUCUACGUCACCUGGGCAUAGUGAACCUGGAGUGUAUGUUUGAGACUCCAGAGAAGGUGUUUGUGGUGAUGGAGAAGCUCCAUGGAGACAUGUUGGAGAUGAUCCUGUCCAGUGAGAAAGGACGGCUCCCAGAGAGGCUCACCAAGUUCCUCAUCACACAGAUUCUGGCAGCUCUGAGGAACCUGCACUUUAGGAACAUCGUCCACUGUGAUCUGAAGCCUGAGAAUGUCCUGCUGGCCUCUGCCGAGCCCUUCCCCCAGGUGAAGCUGUGUGACUUUGGCUUUGCCCGUAUCAUUGGUGAGAAGUCGUUCAGGCGUUCGGUGGUGGGCACCCCGGCCUACCUGGCCCCAGAGGUGCUCCUCAACCAGGGCUAUAACCGCUCCCUGGACAUGUGGUCUGUAGGAGUCAUCAUGUACGUCAGCCUCAGUGGCACCUUCCCCUUCAACGAGGACGAGGACAUCAACGACCAGAUCCACAACGCUGCCUUCAUGUACCCACCCAACCCCUGGAAACAGAUCUCACCUGAUGCCACUGACCUGAUCAACAACCUGCUCCAGGUGAAGAUGAGGAAACGCUACAGCGUGGACAAGAGCCUGAGUCACUCCUAUCUACAGGACUACCAGACGUGGUUGGAUCUGAGGGAGCUGGAGACCAAGCUGGGUGAGCGCUACAUCACCCAUGAGAGCGACGACUGCCGCUGGCAGAUGUUUGCCCGCGAGCACACGCUCCCCUACCCGGCCCACCUGGUUCCCCCUCUGCCUGCGCCUGGCUCCGACGAUGAGGCUGGAGAGGACGCAGACAUGCAGGGGCUCACUGAGAGGGUCAGCAUACUCUGAGAACCUGGAGAACCAGCAGAACCAGAACCCACGAGGGCCCAAGGGACUCAAGACUGACCCAGGGAAGAGGAGGGGAGUGUGGGGAGCGAGUGGAGAGACAGAGGGGCUGGAUGGAUGGUUGGAGGUCUGGAGAGUGGGGAGGGUGAGGCUGGGAGGUUUAGCUGUAGAACAGCGCCUUCUAUAGACAUGAUCCCGCCCCUGUCUGUCUACUAAUGGUGUCCCACUCCUGCCCAAGCCUGUCCAAUCUCCAGACCCCAUCCUUGACCACUCUCUCUUCAACCCGAGAACCCUUUGAGUUUAACAGACUGCUCUUCUGUAUCCCACAAGGACAUACUGUAUCCAGUGGUCAGGGGAUGUGUAGAAUAUUGUUGCUGCAAUGUGCUCAUUCAGUCUAAACUGCAGUAUGGCAAAGGUCAGUUUGGAUGCAAGAGAGAGAGAUGGGGAGGGAGAGAGACAGACAAAAAAACAUUAAGGACUCGAUCGAUCCACUAAUGCGUAACUUAUACCCACCCAUAAACAAAUCCUUAUGAACCGUUCCUUUUUAUUUUCAUUGAAUGUGAUGAGUGGAAUCGCCCUGCAUGUGCUGUCAGACCUGUUUGCUGCAGACCAGUCAUUUAGUGCCUGUGAAUGGUAGAUAAAAGGCUUAGAACUGUAGGCAGCAGACCAGAGCUUGUGGGGUGUCAUGGUCUCAGAGGAAAUCUGUAGUUCAAAUGACAGCAAAGAAAACAAAGCCAGAAAUGGAUGUAGUAAUCGAAGAUUGCCUCUUUUUAAAACUGUCGUCUGAUACAGUGGCUUGCGAAAGUAUUCACACCCCUUGGCAUUUUUCCUAUUUUGUUGCCUUACAACCUGGAAUUAAAAUGAUUUUUUGGGGGGGGGUGUAUAUAAUUUGAUUUACACAACAUGCCUACCACUUUGAAGAUGCAAAAUAUAUUUUAUUGUGGAACAAGAAAUAAGACAAAAAAAACAAGACUUGAGCGUGCAUAACUAUUCACCCCACUAAAGUCAAUACUUUAUAGUGCCACUUUUUGCAGCUGCAAGUCUCUUGGAGUAUGUCUCUAUUAGCUUGGCACAUCUAGCCACUGGGAUUUUUGCCCAUUCUUCAAGGCAAAACUGCUCCAGCUCCUUCAAGUUGGAUGGGUUCCACUGGUGUACAGCAAUCUUUAUGUUAUACCACAGAUUCUCAAUUGGAUUGAGGUCUGGGCUUUGACGAGGCCAUUUCAAGACAUUAAAAUGUUCCCCUUAAACCACUUGAGUGUUGCUUUAGCAGUAUGCUUAGGGUCAUUGUCCUGCUGGAAGGUGAACCUCCGUCCCAGUCUCAAAUCUCUGGAAGACUGAAACCGGUUUCCCUCAAGAAUUUCCCUGUAUUUAGCUCCAUCCAUCAUUCCUAUCAAUUCUGACCAGUUUCCCAGUCCCUGCCGAUGAAAAACAUCCACGCAGCAUGAUGUUGCCACCACCAUGCUUCACUGUGGGGAUGGUAUUCUCGGGGUGAUGAGGUGUUGGGUUUGCGCCAGACAUAGCGCUUUCCUUGAUGGUCAAAAAGCUAAAUCUGACCAGAGUAUCUUCUCCCAUACGCCUUUUGGCAAACACCAAAUGCGUUUGCUUAUUUUUUUCUUUAAGCAAUGGCUUUUUUUCCUGGCCACUCUUCCGUAAAGCCCAGCUCUGUGGAGUGUAUGGCUUAAAGUGGUCCUAUGGACAGAUACUCCAAUCCCCACUGUGGAGCUUUGCAGCUCCUUCAGGGUUAACUUUGGUCUCUUUGUUGCCUCUGAUUAAUGCCCUCCUUGCCUGGUCUGUGAGUUUUGGUGGGCGGCCAUCUCUUGGCAGGUUUGUUGUGGUGCCAUAUUCUUUCAAUUUUUUAAUAAUGGGUUUAAUGGUGCUCUGUGGGAUGCUCAAAGUUUCUGAUUUUUUUUAUAACCCAACCCUGAUCUGUACGUCUCCACAACUUUAUCCCUGACCUGUUUGGAGAGCUCCUUGGUCUUCAUGGUGCCGCUUGCUUGGUGGUGCCCCUUGUUUGGUGGUGUUGCAGACUCUGGGCCUUUCAGAACAGGUGUAUAUAUACUGAGAUCAUGUAACAGAUCAUGUGACACUUAGAUUGCACACAGUUGGCCUUUAUUUAACUAAUUAUGUGACUUCUGAAGGAAAUUGGUUGCACCAGAUCUUAUUUAGGGGCUUCGUUGCAAAGGGGGUGAAUACAUAUGCACACACAGCUUUUCCGUUUUUUGUUUUUUCACUUCACCAAUUUGGACUAUUUUGUGUUUGUCCAUUACAUGAAAUCCAAAUAAAAAUCUACUUCAAUUACAGGUUGUAAUGCAACAAAAUAGGAAAAAUGUACGCAACUUUCCUGGUUGGUGCAACGCCAUUAUUGAUGAUGACUUAUUAGGGAAGACUAGAGACUGCUCGUCAUCGGAACUGCUAAAUCACAAGCCAUGGUGGCUAUGAUGGAGGCAAUGUGGAUUUUUUCUGAAUUGUUUGUCAUGGACACCAUUAAACACCAAUGGGCAGUCGGGGGGGGGGGGGUGCUAUUGCUCUUUUUAGAUACAGUAGAAAUACAACAAACGGCCCAUCUUUGGAGUCAAUGUUAAAGUGUGGGAGGAGGGCUAUGAUAUUGAUGACUGACUAUGAACCUAGCGUGUCAACAAGUUGCAUGUCCAUGUGAAGUAGAUUUGUCUAGGAGAAAAGCAUAGUUAUGAAGGACUAUUAAUGUACACGUAUAACCAUGUCUUUAUGUAGUGUGAUCGAUGUAUGCCUGGCGAAUGUAAACCUAUCGAAGAUCCCGGCAUUUAUAUGUAACAUCAGUACAAACCUUGACAUAC